AUGGAGCCCCGACACAGCACCCGAAGGACGAAGAGUAGCAUCGAAUUGCGAAAUCUUUUCGAAAAGCGGCCAGUCACACCGACAGAGACGACAGAGACAGAGACAACAGAGACGAGCAGCAAUGACGACAAUGCGAGCGAAGGAAGUGGUCAAGAUUUCUCUCGAGAAGCAUUUCUGUUGUCCUUGCGACAAACUCUUGGAUGCCGACCAAGGAAGAAUAGUGGGACGCCUUUUUUUGACUACAUUGUUUUGGGCAAUGAGGAGCUAUCGCCUGGAUGGCUCCGCAAAGAGUUGGUGGCACAUGAACAACCCAAGAUCCAAGAGGACGAAAAGAAGCUUUUGCUCGUGAUAUUUUUGGCUCUGUCUGGAAACGGAUGGGGAGAUGGAAAUGCUCCAACCGAGCUCUUGACAGUUGCUUGGGGAGUAUCCAAGCCAGCAAUCCGUAGAGCUUUCACAUCGGCAUUGGACUGUAAUUUCCUGCCUUGGAUCAUUGGAAGCAACAGUUCUAUUGACGAUGACUCCGAAGAAGAAGACAACAGAAAGCGACCUGCUCGGCCUGGUUCAAAGCAAUCCGACAAUCAAUCCAACAAUGUAUUUUCGCCGGAGUUUGUCAAUCGAGGCCCAAAGCGACGAGAUCUUCGAGCAACGCCCUCGGUUUUCACAGCCGAAGAAACCUUAGCAUCACCUGCUAGCGUUCUGCUAUCCCCGGCCGGAAGCACCUGCUCUCCUGUCAGUACUGGCACGGCGGAGGCAGACGACACUGUUCGCUCUCCCAUUAGCCCAGUGCAACGAAACGGAAGGCAACACCACAACGGGACACGUCUUGAUUUCAAUCGAGUUGGCAAGGUGGAUGCAUCUAUUCAGACUGGAAAUAGUUGCCUUCUUCAAGUGGACGCAUCUAUUCAGACCGAUUGCCAGGUCAAUUCGACAGGUGUAAGCACGCAAACUGACUUUUAUAGUCGCCUUCAAGUGGACGCAUCCAUUCAGACCGAUUGCCAGGUCAAUUCAACAGAUGGAAGCACACAAACUGACUUUUCGCAUGGUCGCCUCGAAGCCGAUAUCCAAUCAAACGACAUUAGCAAAGACAGUGAGGAGGAAAUCUGCCGGUCUCUUUACAUUCUUUUUAGAAAGAAACGACAAUCUCUUUCUCAGUGCGAUGUUAACAACGACAACAAUGACAACCUGAACCAACCGAGCAAAGCUUCCUUGACAGCAUCUGCUGAACUCAUCACUCUUCGUCCGUACAAAAACGGCACCCCUCUCAAAAUCAUGCGAAUUAAAGAAACAAGACAAGGCGCUGGUGAUAAGAAAGGAAGAAAGCGUCGUGGCAAAGGGCAUCUUGUUGAGGUCCUGAUUAACAACCUUGGUCUCACAAAGGAUGAAACAGUGACUUUGGUUCAAAGCAUUGGAUCAAGACGAAACCUUCACGUUCUGAAGAAGGACGACUGCACACUGACCAUAUCACAAUGCGCAGCAAUGAUGCUCUACUUGCCUGUCACUGCCCGAGGGUUGGAACGGUUACAAAGAUUCGUGAGGUGGGCAUUACCAACAAUCGGCUCAACCUUGAUGCCACAGUCUUUGAGGAAGAAUAUCACCAAGUAUUCAAUGGAUAUGUUCCAUCUUGAGCUUGGCUUUGAGCUAGUAUCGCUUGAGAUUGGUGGGAGUACUAGAAAUCAGCGUUGCUUGCAUGUUUGGAUAAAGCAACCUGCUGUUGCCCUGCAGCGACUUACUCAGAGUGCACUUGUUGCGGGCAGGUUUGAGGAGUCUAUUUCUUUCUCCAACCACAAUGAAGAGAUCAUUGUUAUUCAAGGAUCGGAUCGGGGAGGAGACAUCACAUGUAAUCUUGUACGAAUUGCCAACCGAUCAUCAGGCAAUAGCUCGCAACACUGCCUCCCUCUUUCUUUCUAUGAGUACGGCAAAGAAGGCUACCACAAUUUGGAACAGACAAUAUUCAACAAGCACAAGCCAACACGUGAAUUCCUGCAGCGGCUAUUAGACAAAGAGUAUUAUAUGAUUGUUGUCACAAUCCAUGAUGAUGCUGGAGCUGUUGAAGACGCCCAGUGUGCUAUGGUUCGUUUCAUUGUUCGAAGCAGCACUUCACGUCGGAUUUCAUUGGUCCGGUACGACGAAGACGAGACUGGCUCUGUUGAUGGUGAGAUUGAUAUCAUUGACUCGACCUUGCCUUCGGCAUUUCAACUCCUCAAUUCAACAGAGGAAGAAUCCCUUGGAGUAAAUCAGGAUGUCAGCACUCACCUCACCCUGCAAAUGGUUGCCGAAGCUACCACGAACGAUGAGGAAGCUACCACGAAUGAUGAGGAUGACAAAACUACUGUUGUCUACACAGGCUUCGUUUUGCGGAACUGUGUCGGACGGGUAAUUCAUGCCCAGCCGUUCACCGAUUCUCUCGCAGCAGGUCCGGCUAGCAACACUGUGAAGAUCCGUUGCUUGCAGGUCCGUUGCUUUACAGCAGAUGACAUCAAAUGCAAUUCGACGCUGAUGGGCCAAGGCACUGCCUCUGUGAUGUGUCCAUGCACUAUCUGUAUUGCACGUAAGAAAGAGUUUGCCUCUUGUCUCACCAAGCCUCGUGAGGAGCUUCCUGGAUAUGCCGAUCCCAAGCUUUACAGUGAAUUUAUUGCCGAGGCUGGUGGACGAGCAGAAUGGAUGAGGUUGAACUCAACGGGGCAAGCCAAGACUAUGAAGACGAAAUACUGUUCUGUCGUCUACGAGCCCUUGCUCUAUACCCCUCCGGAUUUGAAUACAUGUUCCGGAAUGCAUGUUUCCAGCGGCCUCUUAACCCACUGCACGGUUAAGAUGCUUGAGCAAUUGGGACAAAUCGAUAUGGCAACGCCGUGGCUGCAGGAUCUACGGGAAAUGCUGGAGGAAGCAAAAGAGUUCAUUGCGACAUCGACAUCAAAAACAGAGAAGCUUCGAAAGAGAGACACAGCUUUCGUACGCGACAUGAGUGCCGCAGCAAGCAUGGCUCCGAAUGGAGUCACAGAAAUGACAAACGAGCUACAAGCUGAACGCAAUAAGAUUGCGUCUAUUCUCCUUGCACUAACCAAAGCUCGGGAUGCAGCCAAACUGUUUGUUGAGAAAGGAAAAGAUUUCUUGGCAGGUGUGGCCAAGAAGACAAAGACACGCAUCAUUGGUCGCGCAACUUAUGGCUUUAGAAAGGCGUACGAAGUGGACGGACGAGUCUGUUUUCGUGUUGAAAAUAGUGGGUUUGAGCUGUCCAAUGGCGAUGGAAUUCGAGUGCUUGAGAGGAGUGAUAUGAUUGUCAAUCGAAUGAGCAAGGUUUACGACGACAAUCCACAACUGCAGCGAUCCGUAAACAAACUGAUGGGAAUAUUCCAGCAGCUGACUGGAUUGCUGUACACAAUCUCCGUGUCAAUGAAGAGCCAACGAAAAUGGACUCCGGAAGAUUGCGACCAGUUUGAAGAUGCAGCUCGACAAUAUGCAACACUUUGGCUCUCUUUCACGGGAAAAACAGACCCUGAUGAAACUCCCAUCUUCAACAAACUGCACGUGUUAGUCUCCCAUGCUACUCUGUUUGUCAGGAAUCAUGGAAUGCUUGGAAGGUGCUCUGAGGAAGGUUUCGAAUCCUCGCACAAAUGCAUUGAGUCAGUACGGAAACCACUCAACUGCAUGACUUCGACUGAAGCCAGGGCAAACACAAUUUAUAGAAGGAUCAUGCUCCAAUCAAGACCUGACAUUGAAAGCACAUUUGAAGGCAUCAAUGCAACCUUUACGAAAGCCAAACGGGGCCCUUACAACAAAGACGCCUCCAGAAUGAAAACUGCUGAUGCCGCUCCAACAGCGAAGGAUGUUGGUGGCCUUUCCCUGCCUGAUGGAUUCAUCCAAUCUAUUUUAAAAUGGAUAUGUCAUCAAGGAAAUUUGGAAGGAUCAUUUUGA